AUGCUAUAUGAAGAGAGCGACAUCGAUUUAUAUGAGGAGUCACUAGGUGCAUAUACCACUGUACUGUGUGAACGUCGGCGAAAAUAGGUCGAGGGCGAAGAUUUUCCGUGGGUACUAGCUCGAUGUCGAGGGUGCAAGAUUUUGCACGGAAAAUUCGUUCUGCCCACAUAUCUAAGCGUGGAGUAAAUGAAAUGCGUCGCCAUAAAGAAGGAGUAUGCAGCGCUAGAUUCCGCCACAAGCGACAGACGUGGGAUACAGAGACAGGCAGCAUGUAGUCAUCGCGAGACCCCACGUAAAACACGUAGGCCAAAAUCUCUCUUGGGAGGGAGUGAAUGGGAUGUCGCUGUCGUCUGAUAUCUAAAGAAAAUUUGCGAUCUCUACGAACGAUGAUCGUAGAUGGAGCCUUGUUUGUGCAAUCAGUCAAGAAAGCCUCGUGAUUCUUCGAGUCUAUCGGAUGAUGC